AAACUGAAGGUGAUCGGUCGGUUGCAAUCUAGCUGAAAACGUGGAGAAGGCGCCCUUAGUUGCAGGAUUCAACGUUCACUUCAUCGUUCGAUCUUCAAUUGACCCUUCGGACUGCUCAUAUCUCAUUUACUUCUCUCAUAUUACCGGUUUGCCUCCCGAGCCAUAUUCAUGACUUCUGCAAACCCGCCCAAUGGUUUUACUGCUCCAAAUGGAGAAAACCGCUCGGAAAUUGACGAGAUUCAAGCAUUAAAACGGCUGUUGGAAGUUGCUUCCAUCGUCCUCAGCCAAGCUGUAGAUCUCGUCGAGAACUCCUUAACAUCCGAUGAGCAGCUUUCUGAACCUUCAAAAUUUAUACCAGGGUCCACGAUUGGUAAGCAUCUUAGGCAUGCUCGCGACCACUUCGCACUCCUGGUGGACUGCAUGUCAUCGAAACCACCGCGAGUCUUAAACUAUGAUAUUCGUCUUCGCAAUACACCAAUGGAAACCAGCAGACAAGCUGCAAAGGAGGCACUUGAAGGGAUCGUCGCCCAGUUGGAGAAGGUUGUUCCAUCUGCAAGCCUCAACGAAACUUUGACCUUGCAUGCGGUGACACCGUAUCCACAAAUCGUACAAACGACGUUUGGGAGAGAGUUAUGGUUCGGUUCCCUGCAUGCCAUCCAUCAUUGGUCUAUGAUUCGUGUAAUUGCGGGUGAACUGGUCAGUGACCUGUUCGCAUUCGCUAUCGUUCCAAGGACUAAGAGAUAUCACAGGGUAUUACAUUAGAAGACUCGUUUGGCUUCGCACCAUCGACUCUUGUAUAUCAGGGAUCUGAAGCGCCGUUAGGGAAAUCCAGGAUAUGACACGGAAAAUUAGCUAUCUUUUGUCGGAUACUCAUGAAUAUUGCUGUCCUUACGUUUUGCUGUCUGCAUACCUUCUCGCGUACAUAGUUAAUUUGUUUUCUGGACUUGAAGUACCUAGCUUAGGUUUCCGUAUAUGUGAUGACGUAAUUUGUUGAAUUCAGAAGGUUUUGCC